CUUAUAAAUACACCGGAAUACAAGAAUACAAGAACCCAACUAAAAUUCCCUGGAUGAUCGAGUCGCAGUUUGAACCUAAAGGUCCUGGGAUGCAUGAGCCAUUCGUCAAUCAGGCUAGCACUGGAGACUACGACAAGAACAAACAAAACAUUAGUGCCGGUCACUUAUUUCCAGUCCGUUAUGCAGCUGAUCGAGAAACUGCCAAGUCUACAUUCACACUCACCAACAGCAUUCCACAGAAGAGCAACUUAGAGAAAGGCAUUUGGAUUCGCAAAGAACAAGACAUUAAAGAUAUGAUGGAUAAAUACUGUCGUGACAAGAAGAACAAUAAGAAGAUCUUAGCCUACAUGUUGACUGGAGCUCUGCCUGGCCAUGAUACACUGAAUAAGAGAGUGAAUAUUCCCUCUCACAAGUGGAUGGCAUUUUGCUGCUUCAACAGUUCAGGAAACUCAAUGCUCUCCAAAGCUGACUGGGCCGAGAACAAAAUGACUAAUGAUAUGAUUACUCGUCCUAAGAGCCUGGAGGAGUUACAAAAAUUAUUAAAAGACAACUGGAGGGAAAAC